UUGCGUCACGGAAUGCGAUUUGAACCAUGGGCACGGGCGGAUGAGCGCCCCCAUUUCCGCCCCUGCUCGGACUCAGAACUUGCGCAUGGUCUGCUCUCUCGCAGAUCAGGGUGACACGACUGACCUACACUGACAGGGCAGCACCGUCGAACGGCAACGCGUGCCCAUAGAAAGUGCAAAUGCAAGCUGGGCCCACGAGAAGAUGCGGGCCAAGAUCAUCUCACCAGCGGACAGAAACAGCGCGGUAGGAUUGCGCGAAGAGGAGGAGGAGGAGGAGGAGGAGGGGGUGGAGGGGGUGCAUGCCGCGCGUGCGCUGGUUCUGGCCAGGCCCACCCCCCGGCCAAGGAUCGGGGACGUGCCGAAGCGGGCGGGGGGGCGGCGUGCGAGCAUGCUCGCCUGGGCCGCAGGCGGGCCCCCCCCGUGGGGGCACGAUCGGAGGAGGAACAGGUACCCAUACCUCUACCACCCCGCCCGUUUUCACCUUUAUGGGCCUCCUGGGAGGCCCUCGUCACCACCGCUGGAUCCGCCUCGAAAUCCGGUCAGGACGCACCCCGGGAGAGGUCUGGGUGGCAGUGGUAGCGAGUACCUUUUGGUUUCCCUACACGAAGCGUGCAUGGGUGGUGCUGGCAUGGGCGGGGAACGGCAGGUGCACCCGCCCUCCCAGCGUGGCUCGGGGAUCUACGGGCCCGGGUCGAUCCAGACCCGUGUCAGUCGGGGAGGGCGAGGAGCCUCGGUGAUCCGGCUACGCCCCGCAACCGCUUGUCUCACAGCUCGUCUUUGGGAUUCGGGAUGAACAUGCUGGCGACGGGUUCAUUCGCGCCGUCACGCAACUCAAACAGAUGAGUGUGGCCGGUGUACUGGCAUAGAUGGCUGCCUUCGUUGAUCCACACGAACUCCGAGGUGCCGUGCUUGAGUUCCACUUUCCCCUCAAGCAUGCGAUUCAUGAAGCAAAUCGUCCACGGAUGAAGACCCCGGGUCUUAUGGUCAGUGUUCACAUCCAUGAAAAUAGUUACACGGAACUUCAUGUCUGUUGAUCGCAAAACAAAAGAAGAAUUACGAGGGAUGUUGACAGGCGCCACGUGGCCAGGAACAGUGAUAUGCCCAAAGAACCGAUCAGAAUCCUUGUUGCCCUGGUCUGGAACGUGGUAAAGCGCGAAGGAAUGCUUACCGUUUGCCUGCACUCUGGCACUAAUUGUACUCGGGUAAUCGGCGGACACAAUCCCGCACAAGACUGCUGCCAGCAGGCUGCGGGAGCCCGAGACCAACAUCCUGUCGAAGCUGCCAGCACCGAGCAGAAGUCGGCGCGCGAGAGGCAAAACUUGAGCCGAACAGGCGCCCGACGUGUCUGGGCCGAGCGGCCGGGAUGGGGAUGAGGACCAGGCUGGGCAUGAGGACGUGCACGGAGAUGGGGGCGAGG